UUCUCUGCCUCCUGGUCGCAGCUGUGACUUCUAGAUGUUCAGCAGAAAUGUACACGUCGCUGCUGAACGUGAAGCAGGCGAUCAGUGUGGAGCAGAAGCUGAUCGAUUACCUGAGAACUUAUAUCGAUCACGAGCAGGAGAGACUGCAGGACGUGAAGCGCUUUUACGCCAAAGUGUCCGACCUGCACUCAGAGCUCUACAAAGGCCCUGCGGCUGCGAUGGCGAACCCUCUGGUGGCGUUCACCCUGAUCAAGCGGCUGCACUCGGAGUGGCUGAACGUCGUCUACAGCAACGAAGCUCUGGAGAACGCACAAGCCCUCAGGUCCAGUUACGAGGAGGAAGAGGCCGAGCUGCCCAAACUGGAGGACCUGCAGGGGGCCGCCAAGGGGCUGAUGAGGCUGCAGGACGUUUACGCUCUGCAGGUCUCGAGUCUCGUCAGGGGUCGUUUCCAAAGAGUCGCUAACGGUGAAGCCGUCGACGUCUACAUGCCUGCAGUGUCUGUCCCGCUGUCUGGUGAUGACUGCUUUCUGGUCGGAAAGGUGGCGUAUGAGCAGGAAGACUAUUAUCACUCGGUGCAGUGGUUGGAGGAGUCGGUUCGUCUCUUCAGGGGACCAGGAGGAGAGUGGAGCCCUGAGAAUGAAGGGACGCUAGAAGAUGCUCUGGACCACCUGGCCUUCUCUCACUUUAAAACAGGAAACGUCUCCCACGCUCUGAGCCUGUCUCAGGAGUUGCUGCAUCACGAUCCAAUGAAUGGACGAGUUCUGCAGAAUGUAGAGAAAUAUGAGAAGCUGCUGGUUGCUGAAAGUCCACCCAGAGGCGAUGGUCUGAGGAGACCCACCUCCACUUAUUUAAGGACCAGAGAAACUUACGAGAGACUCUGCCAAACCCAAGGCUCUCAGCCGACGCAUUUUAAAAACCCCAGGCUGUUCUGCGACUACUUCACCAACGACAAUCCUGCGCUGCUGCUGAUGCCGGUGAGGCGGGAGGUGUUGAGCCUGCAGCCGUUCGUGGUCCUUUACCACGACUUCAUCACCGACGCAGAAGCCGAAGACGUCAAGAGUCUCGCCCAGCCUGGAUUGAGGAGAUCUGUGGUGGCAGCCGGAGAGAAACAAGCGACGGCCGACUAUCGGAUCAGCAAGAGUGCGUGGCUGAAGGGCUCAUCAGUCUCCAUCGUAGGGAAGCUCGAUCAGAGGAUCUCGAUGCUCACAGGUCUGAACGCAAAGCAUCCAUAUGGGGAAUACCUCCAAGUGGUGAAUUAUGGGAUUGGUGGCCAUUAUGAACCUCAUUUUGACCAUGCGACAUCACCUUCGAGUCCUGUGUUCAAGCUGAAAACCGGGAACCGCGUAGCAACUUUUAUGAUAUACCUCAGCCCUGUCGAGGCAGGUGGGUCCACAGCCUUCAUCUACGCCAACUUCAGCGUUCCUGUCGUGGAGAAAGCUGCCAUCUUCUGGUGGAACCUCCACAGAAAUGGUGAAGGAAACAUCGACACCCUGCAUGCUGGCUGCCCUGUUCUCAUUGGGGACAAAUGGGUGGCAAACAAAUGGAUCCACGAGUUUGGCCAAGAGUUCCUGCAUCGCUGCAGCCUGAACCCUGAGGAGUGAGGGGGGUGGAGCGAUCGCUGGGCCCCUCGGAGCACAAGCCUUUACAAUUUGGAGGCACACUCUAAGAGAAGGAGGCAGCCAGAAAGCCAACGCUCGGGCAGGGGAGGUGAGAGCCGUGAAGGGGCAGCCUGCAUCUGUGAUUGGAGCCUCGGGCCCCAGGGAGCCCUGAGCGCACAACAGUGGACAUGGAGCUGGAGGUGCAGGAGGAGGAGGAGGAGGAGGAACAGGGCAGCUGGCAAUCAGCCCCCAGAGCCCAAAUGCUCCUUCUGGCCAGUUUCUGCAGAUGGAGAGAGGCCUCUGCCUUCGCACACUGUGCUGGUUUCAGUAAACUGUGUUUACCUCCUGCCUGCUUAAAAACCGACAUCUUAUCCGGCCCUUUUCCUACACUGGGCCCAACUUAGGGGUCUGUCAUUACAAAUCAACAUCUGAAUCUCAAGAUUUUUCUUUAAAAAUGCAUAAAUGCUACAUUACAUGUCAGAAUGAAUCAUAAGGCAACUGAAAAUACCCAAUAAAUGAACCAUCGUCGGGUGAUGCAGGCAUAAGCAGAUACAGAACACGUGUGCACUGGGAGGAGGACAGUAUCUGGUUUCAAGAGGUUCAAAUCUGACUCUCAUGUUUCCAAAUUGGGUUGAUUAUGACAGAGAUUCUUGUGUUCUCAGCUCUCAGGCCUGCAGUUCAGUCUGGUGGUAUGAGUCAAAGGAACCAGUCAUUGUGAAUGUGCUUGUUUAUCCCCGGCUGACUGAACAAUGUGGUCAUCGCUGUCUGUGGCAGACUCUUUGAAUUCGAUGUAACUGCCUGUCUGGUGGAACAAAUGAGCCACUAAGCCGGCCUCUGAUUGAGCUUCUCAUCAUUAAUCAUGUUCAUCUGCGCACCGAGCGAUCCAGAACCUGUCUCAACUCACACAACCAACCCUGUCGACAUACCACUCCGAUAUCUGCCUGCAAAUAGAUCAUAACUCAUAAAACACACUAAUAAAAUUCAGUUUAAUAAACUAGUAAAAUUCGAUACGUGACCUACAGAUAAUGCCAAGCCUCUCUGUAACUUUAUGGGAACGUCCUGCUGCUUGAUUGGCAGGCGGUACACAGGGAGAGUCUUCCCAAACACACACUAACACACAGAAAAUGUAUGAACAGGACAUGUACUGGAUGCCUGUUGCACAUUCCUUCAUGCACGCUGAAGAGCAGAACUUGAUUUUUUUCCAGGGAGCUGAUGGAUUGGGAGACCCUGCUGUCCUGAAGCAACUCCGACUAUCUAUUUGCUUUCAUUGCAGCUGUUAAUAUGAGAUUUAUAGCUUUAAAAAUGUAGUUAAAGGUCUGAGACUCCAAGUCUGUCUAAGGUUUGCAACUGCUUAUGCUAUUCAGAUUGCAUCCUAUUUCCAUUAAAAUUAAAAGUGCUUUUUAUGCAGUCGUAUUAGAAACAGGGACUCUUUUCACAGCUCCAUCCUAAGACAUAAAGCGCAACGUUUCCCAGAAUUGAAGCGGCUUUAUUCGGCGCUCUUUCUAUUCGCUCUCCCUCACUGUUACCACAACAAACAUGGCUGCAGAGGAUCUUGUUGCUAUGCAGCAGCGCAGUCCAACCUACCUAAAGCACACAUGACCAGAUCAUAGGUCUUCCUCAGCACAUUGUCAAAUACAUACAGUGAUUCUGCACAUUUAAAGACAGACUUUUCUCGCUCCCUGACUUUUAUUCUGAGAAAGAGCUGACUAGUUGUUCCAGAGCCAGUGAGUUUGCACAACCAAUGCACAAAUAUACUUGAAUACAGAACUGACAAACUGGCAGCAGAAAAAAAAGGAAAGCAGAGAAGGCAAUGAGCUCAUUUUAAUCUCAGGUUCAAGAAAGAAAAAGUUCUCAGUCACUCCUGUUGGUGAGCAGCUCUGUGAUGGUUAUAGAAGGUCAGUGCUUCCCUCUGCUGGUGACAUAGAAGAUGAAUGAAUGGAGUCAGUGUAAUGUUGAAAUGUUUUGUACUUUGUUCAUAUGUAUACUGCUUUUGUUGUAGCUAAAUCAUGUUUCACAGUCGUUUAUAUUAUUUGUAUUUAUUAUAUUUUUUGUGACAGGAAGUGCCUCUGCACUGCUGUUUAACUUUACACAAUAUUUUUUUUGACAUUUUGAAUACAUUUUGGGUGCAUAAAUGAAAUGGCACUUGUUUGUUGUUAUUUUACAUUAUUUUGAGAUAUUGGGUAAAGUACAGGUCUAUAUUACAGACCAAUAAAAUACUCCUUGAAAUAAAAUGAAUAAGAGAUUUUGUGUUUUAAGGCUUAAAAUGGAAACUUAUCAGAUUAUUUUUUCAACUGAUGAAGUUUUGUUAACAAUAAGGAUGUGCUCUUUAAUCUGCUCUAACAUAUACAACUAUAUGAUAUAAUAAAUUGA